GUUCGCUCAGUUGCCUUGCGCGAUCCGAGCGAGUUGGCGUGGCUAUUGAGGCGGAGCAGUUUACGGGUCUUUGAAGCAAAGUUAUUUACGGGUUCUAUUUUCAGCGGUAAGCGGAGUAAAAAGCCGGCGAUCAAGAUGAGUGAGGCAAAGAUCAUAUCGGGCACAGCGGUAGCCAAAUCUAUCCGGGAGGAGCUACGCAACGAGGUUGCGGCGAUGGCGAAGGGAUUCGCACCAGGCUUGAGGAUUGUUCAAGUGGGCGGCCGCGAGGACUCCAAUGUCUACAUUCGGAUGAAGAUCAAGGCGGCCACCGAGAUCGGCAUCGAUGCCGUCCAUGUUCAGCUGCCCCGCUCCAUUACGGAACUGGAGCUUCUCGAUAAGAUCAACGACCUAAACGACGAUCCACGAGUGCAUGGAAUCAUCGUUCAGAUGCCCCUGGAUAGCGAAGCCUCCAUCGACUCGCACCGCAUCACGGACGCAGUGUCCCCGGAAAAGGAUGUGGACGGCUUGCACACAGUCAACGAAGGACGCCUUGCUAUCGGUGAUCUCGGCGGAUUCCUGCCCUGUACGCCUUGGGGCUGUCUGGAGCUGAUUCGACGCACGGGCGUGGAGAUAGCUGGGGCCAGGGCCGUGGUCCUCGGUCGCAGCAAGAUCGUCGGCACACCAGCGGCGGAGCUCCUUAAGUGGGCUAAUGCCACUGUGACGGUAUGUCACUCGAAAACCCGCAACCUGGAGGAGAUUACACGGAGUGCUGAUAUCCUGGUGGUUGGCAUCGGCGUGGCGGAGAUGGUGAAGGGAUCGUGGAUUAAGCCCGGAGCUGUAGUAAUAGAUUGUGGCAUCAAUGUGAAGCUAGACUCCACCAAGGCCAGCGGCAGUCGUUUGGUGGGAGACGUCGACUACGAGCAGGCUCGCUUGGUAGCUGGACACAUCACACCCGUGCCCGGUGGCGUGGGCCCCAUGACGGUGGCCAUGCUAAUGAAGAACACAGUAACGUCAGCGUCCCGGUCGUUAGAGCGUCUCUCCAGGACACUGUGGUCUCUUCAACCACUGGCCGUAAAGCUCCAGCGCCCAGUGCCCAGCGACAUAGAGAUUGCCCGGGCACAGAAACCCAAGGACAUUGCCGUGCUUGCCAAGGAGAUUGGCUUGGAGCCGCGAGAGGUCUCCCUGUAUGGAAACAAAAAGGCCAAGAUUUCGCUUUCUGUGCUGGAUAGACUAAAGGAAAACGAGGUUGGCAACUAUGUGGUGGUUGCUGGAAUGACGCCCACUCCCUUGGGCGAAGGAAAAACCACCACACUGAUGGGCUUGGUGCAGGCCCUCGGAGCCCACAAACGCCGGAACACAAUGGCUGCCCUGCGACAGCCUUCUCAGGGUCCGACCUUUGGAAUCAAAGGCGGAGCAGCCGGUGGUGGCUACUCCCAGGUAAUUCCCAUGGAGGAGUUCAACCUGCACUUGACCGGAGACAUCCAUGCUGUGUCGGCAGCCAACAAUCUCCUGGCCGCCCAACUGGACACCCGCAUCUUCCACGAGAACACCCAAAAGGACAAGGCCUUAUACGAUCGAUUGGUGCCGAAGGUCAAGGGACAGCGCAAGUUCAGUGCUAUCCAGCUCAGACGACUGAAGAAGUUGGGGAUCAACAAAACCGAUCCAGACUCGCUGACUGAAGAGGAGUACGGAGCAUUCGCCCGUCUCGACAUUGAUCCGAACACCAUCAUGUGGGAGCGAGUGGUGGACAUCAAUGACAGGUAUUUGAGGAGCGUCACCGUUGGACAGUCGCCCACGGAAAAGGGUAUUUCACGAAGCACCAGCUUCUCCAUCUCCGUAGCCAGCGAGAUCAUGGCUGUGCUGGCCUUGUCCCGUUGCUUGGAGGACAUGAAACUGCGUCUGGCUGACAUGGUGGUGGCUUUCAGCAAAUCGGGACAACCAGUAACAGCCGACGAUCUCGGUGUUACGGGGGCUUUGGCGGUGCUUCUGAAGGACGCGCUGGAACCGAAUCUGAUGCAAUCCCUUGAAGGCACGCCUGUCCUGGUCCACGCUGGUCCCUUUGCCAACAUCGCGCAUGGCUGCAACUCGAUCAUCGCCGACGAGAUUGGUCUGAAGUUGGUCGGGAAAGAUGGCUUCGUUUGCACGGAAGCCGGAUUUGGCUCGGACAUCGGCAUGGAGAAGUUCUGUAACAUCAAGUGCCGCACUUCGGGCCGCAAGCCCAACGCCAUGGUUCUGGUCGCUACAGUGAGAGCCAUCAAGAUGCACGGCGGCGGUGCUCCAGUGACCGCAGGAGCUCCGCUUAACAAGCAGUACACCGAAGAGAACCUGGAACUGGUGGAGAAAGGCCUUCCCAAUCUUCUGCAGCACAUAUCCAACGGAAAGGCCUUUGGCAUGCCUGUGGUAGUCUGCAUAAACGCCCAUGGGGCGGACACUUUGGCAGAGCACGAACUGGUGAAGAAGGCAGCUCUACAGGCGGGCGCCUUUGCAGCAGUAGUAUCCACUCACUGGGCAGAUGGCGGUGCUGGCGCCCUGGAGCUGGCGGAAGCCGUAAUCAAGGCCAGUUCGCUAGAAAACCAGUUCAGACUGCUCUACGAGCUGGAGCUGCCGCUGGUGGAGAAAAUGAACAAAAUCGCCACGACGAUGUACGGUGCUGGGCAAGUGAAGCUGUCGUCGUCGGCCGAGGAAAAGGUCAAACGGCUGACGGAGGCGGGAUUCGGAAACUUGCCCAUCUGUAUGUCGAAGGUAUCGGGAUCUUUCACGGGCGACGCCAAAAUCAAGGGCGCCCCUCGAGACUUCACCCUCGACAUCGAGGAUGUGUACGUUUCAGCCGGAGCCGGGUUUGUGGUGGCCAUGUGCGGAGAAGUCACCAAAAUGCCAGGCCUUCCCACCCGUCCGGCUAUUUACGACAUUGACCUGAACACCGAAACCGGCCAAAUCGAGGGACUUUUCUAGUUCUGGAGAGGAUUGGAGGACAAGCAAGGCAAUAAGGAGUUCAUUCCCAAUAAAAAUAACUAACUAUAACCAUAGACUUUUUAAAUUUACAAAACAAACAUACACCUAUACCUAGGCUUAAAAAGAAAUAUUGGCUACAAAAAGGAAGGAUAAAUAAAGUCCGGAAAAUUAUGCUCAUGAA